CAGGAGUCUCCCUCGUGUCCGGUGUCGCUCCCUUCGCGUGUCCGGGAAGAUUAUACUUUCAGCAUAUAAUCCCAGCCACGACAGCAGCGACGAGGCGACUUGGCGAUCCGAGCGACGGCCAGCCAUGGGGCGCAGAUGCUGCUCGCCCUCUCUCACAGUGUUGCGCUAACUCCGACGGACGCUUUGCCGAGGGCCCUGGGUCUCUUGUGGUGGUUCUCCUGAAGACGGUUUGGUCCGAUUCGGUAUCUUUGGUGAAGGUGGCGCUUCGGCGUGUUGGCGUUCUCAAAGAUACUGGUCGUUGCUUACCAGCGCCGUGAGAGCGAAGGCUUUCGCCUCCGCAGACUUGAAAUUCGAACUCUGGUGUAUUAAACUUCAAAAGAUGUCGAGUAUCGGAGCCGAAGCGUGGGCGUGUGGGCGCCCUGUGUUCUACAACGUGUGCAUUUCCCUCAGCAAAAUGUCCGGUCCUGUCAUACACGACCACCCGGCGCCCCGCCCGCCCCGCCCCGCGAUGCCACAGAAGCCACACACAGAGCUCGCUUCCGCGGCGCCGGAGGAGCCAGUGCUGACACAACCCACCGCCCGCAAGGAGAUGGGCGGCGGGGAAGUCCGCUGCAAGUGCGAGGGCGGCGGCAUCAGGAGGAAGAUCGGCGACAGGCGCGGCCACCGGUGCGGCCGAGCGAGGGCGCUGCGGGUGGGCGGCGAUAUGUGGCCGGGCGUGGGCGCGGGGCUCAAGGAGGAGGCGGAGGAGGAGGAGGCCGGCGAGGAGGCGGCCGGGGCGCAGGCCCGCGAGGCGCUUCACAGGACCGUGAUUACGCUGACGGGCGAGGGCGAGGCAGGCCGGGCGCCCGCCGAUGCCGAUGCCGCCCACGCCCGCCACGCCCGCCGCUACAGCACCGUAGUGAGCCUGGAGGCGGGCGGGCGCGCCUGUGCCCCCGCGCGCUGGACGAUCGCGCGGGCGGCAAGGAGGGCGAGGAGGGUGACGCGGACGGCUUCCUCCUGCGGAAGGUGAGCCACACCAGCGACUACAGCCUGAGCUCGCACUCCGACUCGUCCGUAAGCUCGGCCUCGCCCGCGCCCUCGAGGCGCACCUCGCAGGACACCGCGCACGACUCCGACUACUACGGGUCGUCCGGCGAGGAGGAGGAGGAGAGGGGGGAGGAGGGAGGAGAGAAGAAUAGUGCCAAAGACAGCGACAGCGAGGACGAGGACGUGAGCGGGCGGCUGCGGGCGGCCAUGGCCAGGCUGCAGGCCAGCGAGGCGUCGCGGCUGGGCUUCAGGCGCACCGCCGGCGGCCUGAGGGCGUCCCGACGCUGGAGGAGAAGAGCGCCCAUCAAG